GCACAGUCUGCAAACCACGAGGCCAUGUUCCCUGACUGACGUUGCUGCGUGAGAAUUGCGUAAAUGUGUGUGCAUCCAUCAGUGAUAGGAAACCUGAAGCGCACGCUGGCGGACGAACGCGUGGCGGAGACGGAAAUCGAGACCAAACUGAGCGACGUGGUUGCUCAGACAAGGAAGGAAAGCGACGCAAGUAAACAAGGCAAACCUCACUCGGAGCACCUUGCCAACGCGUACAAUCUGUUCCGCAAGUUUGUGAAUGACGCAUCGUCGUCGCAUGGUUAUACCGGUCUGCACUUUGCUGCAGAGCAAACUCACUGCGGUAACGUUGAGCUCCUCCUUGGACUCGGUGCGUCACCUCGUGUGCUAGAUAAUGACUCCAACACGCCAUUGCACUUUGCUUGCAUGCACAACGUCGGACAAGGGUCCCUGCGCUGUGUCCAGGCGCUGAUCGCUGCCGACGCUUCGGUUACCGCGCCACACGGAUGGCGAGCCACGCCACUGCAUUUUGCCGCACGCUCGUCGUCGGUAGAGGUUGUUCGCCUGCUUAUUGAAACGUUGCUCAAAGGCAGUGGAGACGCAACCAAUGCGCUGCUCGCCUCUCCGUCGUCGCCGAUUGUCGACCACCUCGAUCAUGACAACGACACGCCGCUCAUGUGGGCAAUGGAAGCUGCCCGCGCGGAUACCGGCAUUCUCCUCGUUACACUCGGCGGUGCAAUUGUCAACCAUAGCUCCAUCAACGGCCAAACGCCGCUUUUGCGCGCGUGCUUCAAAGGCUCGGAAACAUGUAUCUCACUCUUGCUUGACCAUGGCGCCGAUGUCACACUGUCCGAUGUGAAUGGAUGCACACCAUUACACGUUGCAUGCGAUGUGGGUGAUCCCGGCAGCACGCCUCUGGUGGAAAAAUUGCUCGAGGCGGGAGCAAGUCCCCUUGCCCGAAGCAACACUGGGCAGAUGCCAAUCCAUGUCGCAGCCAUCGCUAGUACCUACCCUGCCGUGAUUCGGCUAUUAUUGGAUGCCACUGACGCGGCCGGUCGAACCACCCAGUUGCAACAACGCGCGGAAGGCUUCAGUGCCUUGGAUCUGGCGUGCUCCAGCGGCUCGCCACUAGUAUUAGCGGCGCUGCUUGAGGCUGGCGCGAAUGUCAAUGUGUCGCCGGAAGACAUUGAAUUGGCAGCCGCUCGCAAUGAACCUCCACCAGAUCCCGCGCUGCAGUUGGCCAUCGCACACAGCGUCGCCUGCGUUUCCUUACUCAUCAAUGCGGGUGCCGAUGUGCGUGCCACGACUGCAUCCGGACUAACCAUGCUCCAGUUUGCCGUGCAACGGCGAUCUCCUCGCGCGGUCGGCCUGUUGCUGCAAAGCGGCGUCUGGCCAAUUGAUGCCAGCAGCGCUGCGGCAGAUCUCAUUCCGACCAAUUCCCUCAGCGAAGGAGGCAUACAAGCGACAAUCGAAUUGCUCGAGAUGAUUGAUGCAUUCGAGCGCGCCGCUAAAGGCAGCCUAAAGUCACUCUGCAAAUACCGCCUGCUUAGCUUGUAUCCACGCAGCGUGCUACCAACCUUGGAUUUGUCCGAGGAUCUCGUCGAGUAUCUUGAGACGCGUCUGUUUGACAGUGUGGGUCGGCCGACGCCCGAGCUUCUUGACUAUUUUUAAAGCCAAUCGCUUUUUUUUAUGAAUAAAAUAGCGGUAUUACAGUGA